AUGUCAUCAACAACAGUACAACCAGUGCAGCCACCUACAAUGGGUGAUAAUGAUGACAAAUUAUACAAUUCUUCAAUUAAGACCAUGCCGCCAAUGACAUUAGAGCAAUUUGAAAGAGAAUUAGCCAGCAAUCCUGAACAGAACAGAUUCAAAACGGAUUUGACUCAAACCGUUAAUGGUUUGAGAGAACAGAUUUUACCUUUAAGAUUGAAAUUUAAUCAUUUUUUGGCUCUAAUGGCCACAUUGGAUCAAGACCAAAAUAAAUCUUAUAGUGCUGAUAAUAUAAAUGAACAUACCGAUCACCUACCAGAAAAUGAGAAGGGGAAAGAGAAAGAUAAAAGUAAAGUGAUCAGCGACGAUAUUAAGACCGAGAAGGACACAAAGGAUAAUAAUCUAAAAGAUACUUUGAUGUCACCAAGAGACAAAUUCAAUUUAAUAAGAAACCAAUUAAUCAACUUGUAUGAAAAUAUACAGAAAUAUUCUAAAGAAUUCCAAAAUUUGGAGAAUCUUUUCAGUUGUAUUGCUGAAUACUCUGAAACUAAUAAAUCCAAACAAUUUGAACCUUUGGAAUGUUUAUCUAUACAACAUUCAAACAAAGUAAAGACAACUACAAAUACUACAAAUAAUCAUAAUACUUCUACUGUUACUACCAAUAAUGCUAGUACUGCAGUGAAUUCCACAGUCACACAAUCAAAAAAGAACGAUAGUUCUUUAGCAAUAAACAAUAAAACACCUCAACAGAACAACAAUAACAACAACAAUAACAAUAAUAAUAAUGUUACUAUGGCGACAGCAAUACCAAAUAAUACAAAUAAAAGUAAUAUUGGCGGUAAUACAAACACAUCAUCAAGCACAUCUAAUAACAGUAUCACUACUAAUACUACUAAUAACGUUGCUACAAACACAGUUACCAAGAAACCAAGAAAACCAAGACAAUCUAAGAAAGCUUCAAAUGCAGCUAAUUCUCAAAAUUCAACUCCGCAGAAUGGAAAUAUUCCAAUAAAUAGAAAUAACGUGAAUACAAUGAUUAAACCACAACAAAGAAUAAUACAAAGCCCAUUAAUGACAACAAAUCAAAACAUUUCUUUACAAACGAUGAAUAUAGGACAAGGCACGAUGAACCCAUCAAACAUGCUUGGAGUGUCUACGGCAAAUAAUGUACCCAAUACCAAUAUCAAUAAUAAUGCUAAUAAUAAUACUACCAUAUUAUCGCCAGCAAACGUUUUAAAUAAUGCAAUGUUGAACCUGAAUAAUGGAAGCAACAACAAUAACGCCAAUAACAACAACAAUAAUAAUAUGCUCACUACAGUGAAUACAUCCAAUGGAAAUAUGAAUUCUAUUAAUCAAACCAAUCUGACUCCAGCGAAUAUUCUAAGCAUGAGCAAUGCUACUCUUAAUAACAUGAACAGCAUUAACAACAUGAAUAACAUAAGCACCAUGAAUACAAUGAAUAGUAUAAGCCAAAUGACCAAUGUGGUCAAUAAUAAUAAUAAUAAUAAUAGCAGUAGUAAUAGUAAUAAUCCAAAUGAUUUAACUAAUAUUGAUUUGAGUGCCUUUGACUUGAACAAUUUAAAUAUGGAUUUCCUUUGA